AUGUGUUUCCGCGACUCGAGCAAGAACCGCAAAUACGGCUACGACGUCUACGCGCCCGCGCCGCAAAUGCGCUACAACUACAACCCCGGCUACCAUAGCGGCUACCACAGCAGAUAUUACCAGAAGCCCGCUAAGAAGCGCAGAGGGGGUACCUCCGGGGUUUCCGGAUUCUGGGGAGGGGAUGGCGGAGGUGGCGGUGAUGGUGGUGGUGGAGGUGGAGGAGGAGAUGGAGGUGGUGGUGGUGGUGGUGGUGGAUGUUAA